UCUUUACACACUGCACACUAUAGUCAAGUACCGACCAGGCUCCCUGAAUCUAUCGCUUUCUAUGUGAGUUUCUUGAUCUCAUUAUAUGUCGUUUAAGAUGGAAAAUUUCGAGGGAUUUUUCCCUGGAUCAUCAUCCUUGAACCUAACGAACUCCCAUGGUUAUGGUGAAGUUCAAGGUGAGAGGGAUAAUGGGAUAUUGGGAUUGAUGGCGGAGAUGGGAGUUUCUGCUGUUAAGAAGAAUGAUUUGUGUAUAAAUAAGGGUUUUGGUGGGACGACGGGUGAGAGUGAAGAGAAAAUAGAUAAGGAGAAGAAGAAAGGAGGAAAUAAAAAGAUGAGAAAGCCGAGAUAUGCUUUUCAAACCAGGAGCCAAGUUGAUAUUCUCGACGAUGGUUAUCGAUGGAGGAAAUAUGGUCAGAAAGCUGUCAAUAACAACAAAUUUCCUAGAAGUUAUUAUCGAUGCACACAUCAAGGAUGCAACGUUAAGAAACAGGUUCAAAGACUAACUACAGACGAAGGAAUCGUUGAGACAACCUACGAAGGCAUGCAUUCACAUCCAAUCCAGAAAACUAACGACAACUUCGAGCAUAUUUUGAGUCAGAUGCAAAUCUACACUUCUUCCUUUUAAAUCAAUAUCAGUAGAUUUA